CAGAAAAAAUAAUUUAUUUAUAUGUUGGGCAAUUUUGAUUUCUAGACCCCUGCGUCGAUAUCACUCUUUCAACAAUAUAUAUAUAUAUAUAUAUAUGUAUUUGGAGUAGCUGUUGUAUAACUAAGAGAAGUUAAGAUUGAAGUUUGAGAUGGAAGGCUCUAAGGUGAAAAUGGAGCAAGCUCAUGUCGUGAUGUUUCCCUUCAUAUUGCAAGGCCACAUAAAGGUUUUGUUAAGCCUUGGAGAGCUUCUAAGCGAAGCUGGCCUUUAUGUCACCUUUGUUAACACCCACCAAAACCACAAGCGCUUAGCCAACCUCCAAGCCCUCACAACCCAUUUUCCAAACCUUCAUUUCGAGUCCAUCUCCGAUGGCCUUCCCGACGAUCACCCUCGAACCCUUUUUCAGGAUUUCUUCGAGGGGAUGAAGACCAAAACUAAGCCAAACUUCAAAGAGCUUAUUGUCUCUCUCAACAAAAAGUCCGAGAAUGGUUUGUGCCCACCAGUCACUUGUAUUAUUGGAGAUGGAGUUAUGUCUUUUCCCAUUGAAGUAGCGGAUGAUCUGGGGAUUCCUAUAUUUUCAUUCUAUGGUACUAGUGCUCGUUUCUUAUGGGCAUUUUUCAAUAUCCCCAAGCUCGUCGAAGAGGGGCAGAUUCCCUUUUUUGAUGACAACAUGAAUUAUAGAAUUCAUGGUAUUCCUGGACUCGAAGGCCUAUUAAGGCGUAAAGAUUUACCGGAAUUUUGCGCUCUAAAAGAAAUAGACCACAAUAUGAUUAAUUUCUUUGUUGAAGAAACUCUUGCCAUUACUAAAACUUCAGGUCUUAUAUUCAACACCUUUGACGAAUUGGAAAUUGAUAGCGUCCAAAAUGUUGCUACCAAAUGUAGCAAGCUCUACACAGUUGCACCUAUCAAUGCUCUUUUGCAAUCUCAAAUUGGACCUCGAGCUCAGUCGAUUGCGUCACUCGGUUCUCUCUGGGAUGUGGAACAAAAUUGCAUAAAAUGGUUGGAUUCACAGCCGUCAAAAUCCGUUGUCUAUGUGAGUUUUGGAAGCAUAACCAAAUCCUCAAUUUCUCAGCUAAAGGAAUUUUGGCAUGGACUGGUUGAUAGUGGUCACCCAUUUUUGUGGGUAAUAAGACCAGGUGCUAUAUUAGAUGAGGAAGUGAUUCCAAAGGAGCUUGAAAAGGGUCAAAAAGAAAGAGGUUAUGUAGUAGAUUGGGCCCCGCAAGAAGAGGUUAUGGCUCACAAAGCUUUAGGUGGAUUUUUGAACCAAAGUGGCUGGAACUCAAUUUUGGAAAGUAUUGUGGCUGGAGUUCCAAUGAUUUGCUGGCCUUAUUCGGGCGACCAUUUUAUUAAUUGUCAAUGUGUUACUAAAGUUUGGAAAAUUGGACUUGAGCUUGGAGAUUGGGAUAGGUUGACCAUAAAGACAACUAUAAAAGAGCUAAUGGGAAGUAGGAGGGAGGAAUUUCAGGAAUCAGUUGAUAAAGCAGCACAAUGGGCUAAGAAUUGCAUUAGCAAAGGUGGAUCUUCCAGCCUCAACUUAGAAAAGCUUAUUAAAGACAUCAAAGGCAUCAAGGAAAUCAAAGUUUAAAGGUUCUGAAAUAAAAUGUGCGACCUGUUGUUUCAAUUUACCCUUCUUAUAUUUUCUGUUGAAAAAAUAUUUGGUAGUUAAGGUCUUUAUCAUGAAUUUGAAAUGUACUUGUUUGAGCAUCCGUAUGAACAAUUGUUGUAUUGGUGAAAUAAAAUAGAGUAAUAAAUAACUAAACCCUUUACAUCCAUAUAA